AUGUUCCAUCUCUGGACAUGGGAACUCUUGAUCACCUUUUGCUAUGUCUGGCCUCGGUGGUUCUCCUGGUUUAUGCGAAACUUCUUUGCCGCAUAUUCUUACUGCAUCUUGGGGAGACUCCUCAACCAGGUAUACAUCAGAUAUGCGGCCGAUGAUUGGGACAUCAGCUGGAUGAUUGACUAUACUAUAUUCGCGUGGUUUAUGGGAACAAUUCACGUCCAGGAAUUCUACGAUCUUGAGGGCGACCGAAAUGCGGACCGGGAGACCCUCCCCAUGCUACUUUCCCCUCGUGGCCUGGUGUAUCUGCGGGUUGGCACAUCGGCAUUCCUUGUUGCAUUCUCCACUGGUCUAGCCUAUUGGAGCUAUUUAAAGAUGGAUCAGGAUAUGAUGAUCGGGCCCAUGGCUGCGCUGCAACUGAUAUUAUCCACCUACCUCGCUUACCGCGUUGUGGCUCUCGAAGGAUACAAGGAAGACAGGGCCACCUACCAUCAUUAUUAUUAUCCUCCUGUUUUUGCUAUUCUGUUCACUCUGGUUUUGGUGACAAAAUAA